AUGCUUUUCGCCAUCUUCUUCAUCCAACUUAUAUUUCAUCAAGAACUCAGCGAUCUUCAUCUACGCCGAGGACUUAGCAUUGCUGGUGUGGACACAUCCACCGUAACGAGUGGGGCUACCGAUGCUGCCAACAGCGUGACGAAGAUUGCUGCGCAUGAAAUAGCUCAAGCCUCCGCUACGGCACAAACUACGGUUGACCAGGCCAGCGAACAUCUCAAAACACUGUCCGAAGAUCUGAAAUUGCAUCUUCCCGCAUAUUAUGCUGUCGGGCUCUGGGGCUAUUGUCAGGGUGACAACAGUACCGGUCCUUUUGCAAACUGCUCCAAGCCAAGCACUUCGUUUUCAUUUAACCUGCUGGAGAUCUUUGGCUCGGCAUCCGCGGAGAUCAACGAUAUUCUACUGGACAAGGAUAAUAAAAUCCUUGCCGGCUACCAUGAUGUCUCACGAUGGACAGUCUCAGCCUACAUUAUAGGUUUUGUCUUUACUAGUGCUACGAUAAUCAUCCAAGUUUUCUUGUUUGUGUUUCCUAAAGUGAAAAUAUUACUCGUCGCCUCUUCUAUUCUAGCGGCGGCCUUUAUCACUGGUGCAUCCAUUGGGGCGACGGUGAUAUAUGGUUUAUUAACGGGUGGAAUUGCAAGAGUCCUGCAGCCAUUGGGAGCCCAUGCUAGCCUUGGAGCCUCAACAUUCACUGCAACAUGGCUCGCUAGAUGUGGAUCGUUCGCUUCGCGUGCCUCGACGACUGUCUACGUCGUCCUCUAA